CGUCGCCCGCGGUGUUCGCGUCGCGUCAUAUUCCCGCGUUGUUGCAGAUGCGAGCUCGCCGCCGCUAGCAUGCCGGCCGAGGAGGAACCCGCGGCGAUGGACGGCCGGGACGCCGCCGACGGCUCCCCGCAGCAGUUCUGUCUGCGCUGGAACAACUACCAGACCAACCUCGCCACCUGCUUCGACCAGCUGCUGCAGACCGAGUCCUUCGUGGACGUGACGCUCGCGUGCGAGGGCCGCAGCCUCAAGGCGCACAAGGUGGUGCUGUCCGCGUGCAGCCCCUACUUCCAGACGCUGUUCAUGGACAACCCGUGCCGGCACCCGAUCAUCAUCAUGCGCGACAUCAAGUACUGCGACCUGAAGGCCGUGGUGGACUUCAUGUACCGCGGCGAGAUCAACGUGUCGCAGGACCAGAUCACGGCGCUGCUCAAGGUGGCCGAGAUGCUGAAGAUCCGCGGGCUCACGGACGUGAGCGGCGAGCACGCCGUGCUGCGCGCGGGCGGCGGCAUGGAGGCGCGCGCCGCCAAGCGCCCGGGCAGCCGCGAGGCAGAGUCGCCGGGCAAGGCGCGGCGGCGCUCCGGCGAGCGCGAGGCGCCCAGCCCGCGCGCCUCGCCCGCCGAGCUGCUGCACGCGCCGCCCGACGCGCCCGCGCCCAUCGCCGACGACGUGGACAUCCGCCCCGGCAUCGCCGAGAUGAUCCGCGAGGAGGAACGGGCAAAAUUGCUUGAAAAUUCUCAUGCAUGGCUCGGUGCCUCCACAUCGUCGAUUGCAGCAGAUAGCUACCAGUACCAGCUGCAGUCCAUGUGGCAGAAAUGCUGGAACACCAACCAGAGUCUCGUCCACAACCUAAGGUUCCGCGAGCGUGGGCCUCUGAAGUCCUGGAGACCAGAAACCAUGGCCGAGGCUAUAUUCUCAGUACUGAAGGAAGGGCUAUCUCUCUCCCAGGCUGCGAGGAAAUACGACAUUCCGUACCCAACAUUUGUGUUGUACGCAAACAGGGUGCAUAACAUGCUGGGCCCAAGCGCGGACGGAGGUGCAGAUUUGAGACCCAAAGGUCGCGGGCGACCGCAACGCAUCCUGCUGGGCGUGUGGCCCGAUGAGCACAUCCGUGGCGUGAUCCGCGCCGUCGUGUUCCGCGACUCGCACGCUGCGCACGCCGCCCACGCUACGCAUCACAUUAAGGAGGAGGUGCUCCCCGUCUAUCCUGCUAUCACGGACGGCAUGACGGCGGUGCAGAACGCGUACCCGGUGCCGUGCGGCAACGGGCGCGAGGGCGGCGUGUCGCCCAACGCCGCGGCCGCCGCCGCCGUGGCCGCCGUGGCGCACGGCCUGCGCCGGCAGAUGUGCAACAUGGUCGUGGCCGCGCAGAGGCCGCCCGACCAUCCGCAGCACCUCGGGCUGCCGCCGAUGCCGCUGCAGUCGCCGCGCCUGCCCUCGCCGCUCUCCGCCGGCUUGGAGUCGCCACUCUGCUCGCCGCCGCCGCCCGGCCACGCGCUCGAGCCCCCCAAGCCCUCCGACCCGUUCCGACCCUUCGCCUCGCCACGUCCUGACAGCCGCUACAGCGAACGCGACGUCGUCGCGGAGAUAACUGACAUGGGGCCGCCUAAGACCCCGAUCUCGAUGACAAAGAACGGCAAGGAGCUGUCGUCGCCGCUGCCGGUCAAGAUGGAGCCGCCGCCGGCGGAGGCGCGCGCCGAGAACAUCUGAAGCGAGGCCGCGGGCGCGGCGCCGGUGCACGCGCCGGUCGGCGUUCCGCCGCCGCUGCCCGCUUACCCGUACUUCGUCCCCAAUCGCAACUCCGUCGGCUACUUCUGAAGCGGAGCGAGUGCGCGGGACGGGCGCGGAGCGGGAGCGGGGCGGCCGCCGCGACGCCCGCGCCGCUCUCGCUUCGACGUGUCACAAGUAUUUAAUCAUGAAAUAUGAUUGUAUUCGGCAUUACUUUAUUAUAUUUAAUUAAUUAUUAUUUAAAGUGGACUCGCUGUGCAAUACAUUGCUUGUUGUUUAGUUACGAAUUUCGUAUUAUUAUGAAGGAUUAUUUUUAGUUUAAUUACCUAUUAUAUUUAGUUUUUGUAUACAUCGUUUGUUUAUGUAUGUUUCGAUUACACAUUUAAGUAUAUAACUAUGUUUUGCUAAGUACGUAGGAGGCGCAGAGCGCGGGAGAGCGCGCGCGCGACGUGCCCGCGCGCUCUCCCAUAGGACUAAUAUUACGUGUAAGCUUAUAACGACUUAGAUCCAUCUGUGAACGUAGAGAUAUCAAAAUUGAAAACAUUUGGCCGGAUUCAAAAGACUGUUUGGUAUACCUAUUCAUUAUAAAUCAGCUACCUACAUACAUUUUAUGCGUAAGGCAAAAUCAUGAAUAUAAAAUUAGCCCUAGUUGUAUGUUAAAAUUAAAGCAUAGAUGUAUGUUUCAUUUUAUCGUGAGGUCGAUGUCAAUUUCUCUAUAGCAGGAUAGCGGUGUUGUUGCUUGCGGCUUUCCCCGGGCGCCUCGGCCGCGCGGCUCGCGGCUCUCGCCCGCGCGGCUCUAUACGAGUAGACUUAGAGAUCGCCAAAUGUAACAUAGAUGUAUCUUUAGCCAGUAGUGAUUGUUCCAAAUGUUAGGCUAAUUAGAGUUCGGGGCUCGACCGACCUCUCAGCAUUAACUUAAACUAUCAUAUCGAUGUCGUUCAGCUUCCUGUGUCUCUAAAGUUCCUCGUGCCUAUCAAGCUACUCUAUUUAGCGAUUAGAUAACAAACGGCCGAUCGCAACACUAAUCUUACGUUGACUCGUCUCGUCUCCGUCGACUAUUCAAACUUCGAGCUACAUCUUCAUGGAAUUAAAAAUACCAUCUAACGUUCUAAUCAAAAUGAAAAAUUUAACUGCGCUUUCCAAUGUCUAUUGCCAAUACUAAAAUAGAUUUUAAGAACUUAUUUAUAGUAUGUACCUACCCACUAGUGUUGCGAUCGCAAAAAAUUUCAAAAAACAUAAUUGUGUAUCGAUGUUAUUGUUGUAAAAGAUCAUUGGUUAAUGUAAGGAGGAACAUCGGCUUGUCCAUUUUAGUUUUAGGAGCACCAAAAUCGCCAAGCAUUCGACGUAUUUUACAUCAUUCGUCUGCUAACCUACCUAUUGCGUAGCUCUAGAUUAUGUCUACAUUUCAAUUAACUUAGAUUAGCUGUGUAACUUAUUCGUAGCAUUUAGUAUUCUCGCCAACGACGCGACUCCGACCCGCGGCCGUCGACGACACGACAGUUCGACGAUUGCCACAGCGAGCGAGCGUAACAGGAGCUCAUAGUCGUUGGCGCGAAUACAUAUUAUAAGGUGUAUAUGUACAAAUUUGUUUUAACACCUUCCUGUUAAAAAGUUAUUUUAUUACACACUUUCGGCGGGAAAAAUUGUAGUGUACUGAUCUUCUUGCCGCAAGGGUAUACCAUGAUUUAGAUAUUGUUGGCGGACAUUCGUUGGCGUUAUCACAUAUAAUAUUGAAGGGGAGGGUGGGCCGCAGCACGCGGGCGAACACUUUAGAACACACACUUUAGAUAUCGAAUUGAUACAACUUUUCCAUCAGUGUCAGCAUCGAAGAUACAAAGUAUAAAUGUGCGUGUAGAGAUGUUCUAGGCAAACAAAAGAGUGAUUUCGCGCUCAGUUCGCUCGCCUCGCUACGCGGCCCGCCGCACGAGUCUCGUCGCAGAACUAGCUCGAGAAGCAUGUUAAAAAUAAGUCUUCAAGUGGCCUUGAUAUCUCACUAUUGUUUGGAAUUUGGAUUAUCUGGUUCGGUUAAAGUUUGGAAAUUAGUGUAUAAAAAGAGACCAAAUUAUUAAAAAGACAUUUGCGAUUCAGAUCUAGUGUUGAUGAAACUUUUGGCUAUCCUUUUGGAAAUAAAGUUAACUAUAGGAAAAUUAAAAAAAAAAUAUAUAAACGGCCUAUACGUUUCGGAUGAAUUGCGUAAAUUUGGUAAAUGUUACUACGCAUAUUUUCUAUUGUGUAAGUUUAGGCUAAUGUGUUCAAAAAGUAAAUUAAAAUUUUUGAAAAAAGUAGAAAGUGCCUUCCAAAUUUUUGACCACGGUAAGUGUUGGAACGGGUGCGGCGAUGAUCGGCUGGAAGCGGCCCGUGGCGGCGCGGCGCGGCGUGCCGGCGGCCCUGCGGCCCUGCGGCUCUGCGGCUCGUGCGUCGACGCGCGGGCGCGUGCGACUGCGGACGACGCGCCUCGCCGCCACUCGACCGCACUGUACGUGCUUAACUAUAAAAAGUUAGACUAAUAAAAAUUCAAAAUUAUUAUAUAAAAAAUUAAAAUACAUAUGACUAUUAUAUAGUAAAAAAUAUACUAAAAAUUAUAUAUUUGGCCGAUGUGGUAUUACCCUGACAGGCAAGCGUUAGCUGACUAUUCGGCAUCAAAAUUGACUCUAUUAUAUUUUUUUCUUUACAAAUAAAUAAUUAACAAAAAUCGGAAAACAAUGCAUACAUGCAAUGUGCCAUUUGUUUGAACUGAUUACGUUCGUUUUUGUAUCACACUUGGAUUUUGUAGUUAUAAUAUUAUAAACAUUAAUUAAUUUAUUGUACUGGAUUGAAAGUAUACAUUUCGAUUACAUAAAGUAUAAGUGACUAUAUUAUUUUCACGAUAGUUAAGUAAAGAUUACUAAUUGUAUGUAGUAAUAUCGUACCUACUCCUUACGAGGCCAUUGUUUUGGUACUUUAUUCCUGUUGAGACCCUUCGACUCUGACGGCACCCGCGUGCCUUGUAUCGCAUGACAAUUUUUUCAAGUCCAGUAUAUUCUUUUGUGAUAAAAAAUGCAUAUAAUUAUAUUUUUAAUUAUUGUAAAGAAGCCUUUUUGCAAUAUACUGCUACUAUGUUUAAAUAAUUUUAUUUAUAUAACUUAUUAGUUAAAAUCCUUCCGCCGUUUUGGGCUCAAAGUAUUUAAUUUCUUUACCUGCAGAGUAACCAAAAACUUUUUUUUUAUCAAUUGAAGUAUUGUAUUUUACACGUGACUGUUUAGUUGUAAGUAGUUUUCCCCGUGGGUUAAAUUAUCAAAUAGAACAUUUAAGAUCAUCAUUUGCUUCUGAAAAUUUUUGAAGCACAGAAAUAUUAUUAUUCUAAGUUGUUUUUACUAUUCCUGUGUUAAUUUUUGUUUCUAUUUAUAUUUAAGUGGAUUGCCACGUAAGAUAACAAGUCUACAUAAUUUUUAACAGUUGGAAUAAGCGCUUUCUAUAAAUUCGAAUAUAAUUUUUCCUAGUCGGUAUACUCCAAUUAUGUUCGUAGGUACAUCUGGGUCCUAUUUUUUUCAUUUAAGUACUAAAACGCUAGCUAGGUACAUAAAAUCGUACAAAUAAAUGUUUUUAUUUGUACUAAAAUACAAAUAUAUUAUUCUACGUAGGGAGUGUAAUAAAAUACUUAAAC